AAAAGAUUCAAGUGCGCAGGGUAAGCUAUCCUGCGCACCCACCCACUAGCGAACUCCCGAGCAAAACGGAAUAACAACCUUUGUAUCAAAAUCCAUCCGUUAAUCUCCGUUUCUCCGAUCGAAUGAACGGCCUCGAUUUCUUCUUCUCCCCUUCUCCACCAGCCGACACAUCCACCGGAGAAGACGAUGAUUGGGGAGAGUUCGUCGACUCUUCGCCUAAACCGAACGGUUUCUCGGCAGAUCGAGACGUUACCGAUUCGACGCCGACUCGGAUCGAAUCCGGGACGAAGAGCCAGACGCAGUGGAUCACUCCUCGUGGUCCGGUGCCACUUUCCGUGUUCGGAGAGGCGGAGGAGGAGGAGGAGGAUGAUGAUUCAGGUGCGCCGGUUUUUAAAUUCUCGUUCGAUAACGGAUCUGUGAAAAGAGGUGUGAAUACGAAUCCUCCGAGUGUAGAAAUAAGUGGCGUAAUCGCGAAUCUGUAUAGAGAGAAUGAACGUAGUGAGAUCAAUGGAAAAAAUGAGAAAGAGUUAUCUCCGAGCAGGAAAAUUGGAAAUCCAGGUGUUAGUUUUGAGAGUUUUAGCUGGAAUCCGUUGAAUCUUGAUUCGGAUAGAUCUGAGAAGACGAGCGAUGCGGUGAUUUUGGAUCCAGCUUCUUCAGAUUUGAGUUUUGAGAAUAGAAAUGAUGAGGAGGAGGAUGUUGAUGAGGGUUGGGAAUUUAAAACUGCUGAGUCUAUUUUAGAUCCAAGCUCUAAGCUGGAGGAACAAGAGAAUGCUAGAAAUGGAUUUGAUUCAAGCUUGUGGAGUUCACCAAUAACUGGAAUAGGUACAAAUCUUGAGACGGGUAAACAAGAAAAUGGAGAUGAUGAUGAUGAUGAUCCUUGGGGUAAUGGUGGAUGGGAGUUUAAGUUUGCUGAGACGAAGAAGGAUUUAACAAACAAGGAAUCUAACGGUUGGGGGUUCGGGUUUGGUUUUGAACAUGGUUCUGAGGUUGAAGCAACCACUUCUUAUCGUUCGAACCCUGAGAAAGAUAUGCAUAAGGAGGAAAAUGGCUCGAUUUCAUUUCCAAGUGAUACAAAUGUGAAUCCUGGAGGAUCUUCUUGGGCUUUUAAUCAGUCAUCUUUAGAAAAGGGAAACGAGAAAGAGGAAAACGCAGUGCAGGCAGACAAGCCAAAGGGAGCCUUGCCACUGUCGUUUUUUGAGGAUGAGACAUUGGAAACCUCUGAUAAUUUGGCUCAUGAGGAUAAUCCGGUUUCAGUCUCUGAUUUCUCCGUGAGAGAGAAAACUAAGGCUCCAAGUCAAACUGUGUCCAUCAGUGACCUGAUAUCAAGUUUAUACAGUCAGGUGGAGGAGAAGAAUGCUGCAAACUUGUCAGAAACGCCUAACAUUGUAAAUGGUGAGGAUGAUUCAUGGGAGUUCCAGGGCCCCACAAAUACCAAAACAGAUUCUAGCAUAGCAGAAGAUGGUGAUGAUUUUGACAGUAGUUGGGAGUUUCAAGGUCCUUCUCUGCCCUUAAAAAACUCUGAUGUUGCGGAUGAGGUUGACGAUGAUUCCUGGGAAUUUCAAGGUCCAACACAGCCUGUGAAAGAUUAUACUUCGCGGAAAGGAGAUAAUGGUGUCUGGGAAUCUAAAGAGAGUUCAGUGGAAAAUGAAGUUGGGAAUGGGUUCUCUGUUCCAAAUGGUUUUGGAAAAUCGAAUGAAAAAACAGUAAUAACCAUAGAGCCUAAUGAUUACCGAGAUGUCUUUCAUAAGCUGAAGACUGAACUAUACUACCUUGCCCUAAGUCAUCUUGAGACUUUAAAGGAAGCUCGUGACUUGGCUGCUAAUUCUGAUGAAGUCGCUGAAACUCAAAAAUAUGACGAUGAAAUACAGGAUCUGCAAAACAUGCUGAAAAAUGAUGUUUUGAUCGGUGAGGUCAACGUAGAAAGUCUCCAAGUUAGAUCAUCUGGCACUACUGAACUUUAUAAAGUUCUCCAAGAGCCAAAGUAUCGAACAGUUGAUUCAGAAGAUCUCCUGUCAGAAAGAUUGUUAUUAGCAGAGAAGGACUGGAAAUCAACGAUUGAACUUCUCAAACACGCCACGUUGACCCUGAAGGUCCUAAACUUGGGUUCACAUGAGCAACAAACCAAAUACGCUUCAACCUGGUUGGCCAUUGCUUCGACCUGUGCUCAAGAACUGCGACAUGCUGCAUCUAUUUGGAAACAGGUGAUUCAAAAUGAUGUUCAAGAAGAAAUCUUAUCUAAACCUCAAGGGAAGCGCUAUCUUCUUUCAGUAGGAGAAAUUUACAGAGUAGUGAAUUUACUGAGAGCCUCGACGAGACUAUAUAAACCGUGGCUUUUAUUAUCUCCGACAUCAUCUAGUGUGUUGGCUGUUUUGGACGAGUGUGUGGUUUUGUGGUUAAGCUCUGGUUUAGAAGAAGCUCUGCGGAAUAAUAUCAACCGUUAUCAAGGACUUGACCGUGAUUAUUCUGCUGAUCAACUUCUAGAAUCAAUCAGAUGUAUAAACGAAGUUGACGCCUUCACACUUCACGCCUGCAUCACCUCAGAUACAUCACCUAGCUGCUCCAUCUCUGGCCUAAAUACUGAAAUAGUACAAGGACUUAAGAUGGUGGAGUGGAACGGAGAGCAUUACUUGGUGUCUCUUGCUAAUUUAUGGGCCAAUGUGAUCAGCCGCGAUUCACCUGACCUUGCCGGCCACGGUCUUUUUGCUGGGUUUUAGACAAAACGUUUCAUUACUCACGCGGCAUACAAAGCCAUGGUCACAGGAGAGCAUUUUUCUACCAAAACGUAGAUCCGUCCAUAUAUUAUUAUUUGUUUAUAAUAUUUAAGAUGGUUUGGGUCAUUUUAUUGUAUGCCUUAUAUCGAAUGGGUUUUGGUAGUAUAUCAUUAAUUGAGUAUUUCAUAAGCUUUACAGAUGAUUUGUUUUGUUCGAACAAAGCAAUAAAUUAA